AUGUUGAGGGCCGGAGGUCUUACCAGCAAGGUGCUAAUAAUAGGAAAACGCUGGUUGGCUGACAAAGAAAGUGCUUUUUUUACCACAAAAGAAAAAAAAGGGACAAAAAAUGCCUUAUACAAAUGCAUCGCAAUUAACAAGGCAAUUUUGAAAAAUGAACAUAUUCUCGAAAUAGUAAAAAUAAUAAAGAAGAACGAAAAAAAUGCCAAUAUAAUUAAUUAUGUAACAUUUGUUCACAGGUUAAUGCAAAUAAUAUGCAGUAGGAAGGAUGACCCCACUUACUUAAAAGGUAUAACAUACAUCCAUGAUGAAAUAGAGGACAAAAUUAACAUCAUUUUUCAAUAUUUUAUUAAGCACAAGAAAAGUGUUAAGGUUAAUAACUACAACAAAAGGCUCUUUUCUUCCUUCAUAUGGUCACUUAGUAAGUAUGCCAGUUUGUACAAAGGUGGUGACACCCGGCACCUAUUUGCGAGUACAGUGCCUCACAGUGAUUUGGGGCAUGCGUGUGAAGGUGAAGUGGAGUGGCUGAAAAGGGUUCUUGUCUUAAAUGGGCAAGGGGAGCAGGCCAGUGGUGUGCACAGUGUGUACCUAUCGAGCGGUGAUGAUGGCGACGGUAUUGUCAGAAGUGUUCCUCUCCACACAACUACUCGCCAGGGGGGACAGAACCAACACGAUGGAAAAAAUCGUCCCCGCGAAGAAAUCAGGGGAAACCCCACCCCGUGUAAUAAGUUCAGCCUGUUAUGUUAUUAUGCAGACGCGUAUUUACCAUCCUUAAAUCCCUCUCGAUAUGUCCUUGUGCUUUGGUCAUUAAGCAAGCUGAAUAAACAUUUCAAAGAAUUACACGAGCGAUAUUACGAGAGGAGCGCGAGUCUCUUGCCUCUGCUAAAGAGUAAGGAACUGAUAAUGCUUCUAUACAGCUACUCCUAUGUAAAUUAUUCAAACCUACAUUUUUACGUAAAAGUGAAAGAUUUUAUUAUGAGCAGAAAUAUACAUAAGCAAAUAGUUCGUGAGAAGGAAUACGAAUCGGUGGUCAACAUGCUUCUAUCAUUUUCGAGGCAAAAUAUAUUUCCCCAAGAUUUACACGAAAGCACAGUAGACCAGAUUUUACACUCAAAGGAUUUUUUAAAAUCGAUAAAAAGUAAAGAUCUAAUAACGCUCCUGUUUUGUUUAUGCAAAUGUCCGUUUUUAUACACACCAGUGGAAAAACAAUUUGUACAGCUAAAAAGAAGGGAGAAAAAUAUAUGGGCAAGAAAAAAUAUAUUUUUGUAUGAAUUGCUAAAAAAGGAAAUUAUGAAUAAGUGCGCAAGAGUGGGGAACCCAAGUAGGGAUACAUUUCAGACGGAGGAAAUAAAUACACAGAAAGAGGAACCAGUCUACAUGAUAACCUACUCCCUAGAAAACUUGAUUUUAAUCAUAUGGUCGUUAAGCCUUAAGUAUAUAUACUCAGCAAAAUUGUUCCUUUGCUGCUUUACUAAGUUAUCCGAUUAUUUGAAAAAUGAGAACUACUUGAACAGUUCAUAUCCCAUGUUCACGAACUUUUAUUUAUCCCUUUUGUCCUUCUUGCUAGAAGAUGGUGCGAUCAUUAAUUUGUAUUUUAAUAGAGCAGAAUUAAAUGCCCUGCGUGUUUUGCACAACAAUGUCAGCACCUUUGAAAGGCAUUUUGGCAUAUUCAAAAAGGCGAUAAACAUGAAUGGAAGGAAAAAUGACGUAGAGAUUUCCGGCAUGCAUAAAGUUAUAUACAAUUUGGUCUCCAACCUUUUUAAGGGAUCAGAAAAUGUAACUGUGUUGUUGGAACAUAAAAACGUUGUCAACUUGUCUGUGGAUAUUUUGCUCCUUCAAAAGGGGAAAACUACAAGGCAGAAGAACGCACAUCAUGCGGUGGCUCCACGUGGUGGAUUUUUAUGUGAAGCGGUGUUAGCCUAUGGCUGCAAGGGGAAUGAACACGUUUAUCACAGCAACAAGGAAGAUGCGGUCAAAUUUGUAGGGUGUGAAACGGGGAAGAGCAACACGGUUAUUUGUUCCCCGUCCCCAAUACCCCAAAAAAGGACAUCACUAGGUGCGCAUCAAAAGCGUGACUAUCACAGCAGCACCGAAACUGAUAACUUAAAAGGUGACACCUACAUUGAAGACGUUCCCAACGUGAAUGCACCGUUUGAGAAGGCAGAUGUCCCCAGGGAUGAGGUAAAAAGUAGUUUACUUAGCUUCAUCGAAAGAAUAAAAAAUGCGAAUGAAAAAAUGGACUCCAAGGAAUUGAAAAGGAUAUUCAAAGAUGUGCUAGCUUUCUUUGGAAAUCACUUUACCCAUAUUAACGAGAAGGACAUGUUUAGUUUUUUUUAUAAGUUUUCUGCCCUUUUUCCUCGACUGUGUGAGUUAAGGGAUCGUGGCAAGAUGGCCAAUGGUGGUGGUGAAGACUUUUUAAGAAUUUUUUCCCACUUCCAUGAAUACACCACUAAUAUGUUUUUUCAAAAGGUGAACACAAAAAAGGCGCAUUAUCUCCUUGACGUGUGCUGGGUCUAUUUCCGAUACAUGAAAUAUUUUUGUACAUUAUUGAAAGAAGGAAAUCCAGAUGGGUUCAGAGACGGAGAAAGCAUAACAGGAAUGACAACUAAAAAAAGGCUAUCCGGAGAAAUAAAAAAAAUUGUAAACAUAUUCGACCAUGUUGUAAUAGACAAAAUGAUAAGUGAACAAAUGAUAGCACAAAUGUCGUCCAAAAAUAUGGCCCAUCUUAUUUCCAUUUUCUUGCACAUUAACAAUUCCAAUAUGAUAGAAUAUUUAAAAAAAAAUAAUUUUCAUAAUGUUCAUUUUUCCGUGAAAGAUAUUCUGCUAAUUUUGAGUGCUUUAGCCAAGUGCGAUUUUGAAUGGAAAAUUGAAAGAAGCUAUUUUUGCAACAAGUUUAUUGAGCAUAUAGACACCUGUGGGGUACGGGACUUGGUGGAGUUUACCUAUCUGUGCGCGGAGUUGAAAUGCAGCAGUGAGCUUAUUAGUACGCACAUUAGAGAUAAAGUUAACUCGUGUGGUACUUUCCAACAGUUUUCAAAGCAGACACAUGUGGAGCGAAGAAGCGACUGCGAUGGGGGGGUACCAUAUAUUUCUUCUACCCAGCCUGGUCAGACAAAAUUCAUUGAGACCUUCGAACAGGAUGAGCUAGCCCUUUUUGUGAGGAACUGCUACCGAAUGCACUGCUUUGAUCGACAUUUUUUUGAUACACUGUGUGACGCGGUGGUGAGGAAGCGCAACACGCUGAGUGAGAAAAGUCUGUGCAUUGUGCUUCCUUGCUUCGCGCGCGUUUAUUGUCUGUACGGGGUGAACGCACAUUUCCCCAGUGGAAGGAGCGGGGGAAGGGAGCCUCUCACACGAAGUGACCACGCUGAUCACGCUGUUCAAUUGGCCCAUACCAGUGACCAUCUCGAUACAGACAUGUCCUUCUGCAGGUACGACGUUCCCGCGUCCCUAAAGAAGCUCGCGAAGUAUGCAGAGAAGAAAAUAAUCUCUAAUAGUAACCCUAAUAUGUUCAACCUGGCAUAUUUUAUGGAGGCAUUUACGCUGCUCAAAGUUGAAAACAAAAAGGGCUAUGCUUUAUGCGCGAAGGAGUUAGAAAUGAAAGUAGGAAUUAACAUACGAAUGGGUGCCACAAACGGAGGAGAGAAGAAAAGACAAAGUUGGGGAGAUUCAGAUAAGGAGGUAAAAAUGCUGGGGAAAAUUUUAUGGUGCAUGUCGUAUUACCAUAAAACGGAAUUUACCUUGGCAGGGAACAUUACCAACUUUUUACUAAGCAAAAGGAUAUACCAAAAUGUAACCCCUGAAAAUUUUAUUUCCAUUUUUUUGUACUACAUAAAAUCUAGGGUAUACAACACAACGUUGUUCCAUAAAAUGGGCCAAGCUGUCACAAUGAGCAUAACUCUGCGCGAUUAUUUUAUUCCCGAAGAGGGUAAACGGGUGGGACGCUUCAAGUUAAGCGUCAUCACAGAACUAUUUGGAACCAUGGCAUGGGCUUACGCAUUUACGUAUUGCUAUGCACACCAGAUGGAAGAUAGUACCAAUUGUAGGGAAAAAAAAGGGGGGGGAAAUAAAAGACAAAAAAGUGAAAUAAAAAAUGAUCAACUAUUUUUAAAGAAAAUAUACAGCUUCUUACUAAACGAAAUUAAAAUUCUCCACAAAUAUAAAGGAGUUUCUUUUUUACUUUUAGCAAGAUAUUUAUGGGGUGUUGCAAUUGUAAAUUUAAUAGAUGCAGAUGUAGCACAUUUUAUUAACACUUACAAUUGGAAUGCUGUAAAUGUAAGGGAACAAAAUUAUAUGCACUUACACAUGAUUGUUACCUUUUGGUUAAGAUUAAAAUAUUCCCAUCAUGGUUUUCACCUUUGUGAGGACUUCCUCACCUUGAAGGAUCAUAUUAUGAGCCUACUUGAGAAAAAGAAAAAAAAAUUAAAAAAUGGCCACCAUACUGAUAGUGACAACAUAUCAGACUUCCACCAGCAGGUGUGCCAAAUAUUAGACAAAUUUGGAGUCAAAUACGAAAAUGAGUUCAUGGCGCAGGAACUUUUGUCCAUAGACUUGGCCAUAAGGGAUGACACAACGGGAGAAAAGAUAGCCGUUGAGGUGGACGGCCCAUCACACCAUUUGGUACUUCUGGACGAGACCGCCACGAGGGCUAAGAAGAUGUAUGCCCCAUGUGGAACAACCCAUUUUAAAAACUGGCUGUUGAGAGAGAUGGGAUGGACGGUCAUCAACAUCGAAGUGCAUGAGUGGAACAAACUCAGGAAAGAAGAGAAGGACGCCUAUGUGGUGGGCAAACUGAGAAAUUGUAGUGAGAGCCUCCGUAACCACUUUGCAAAUUGGGCCUCACCGAAAUGA